AUGUGGACAGAACAGGUGGGACCAGAAUCAGAAGGAGAUCUUUUUGUUGACUGCGUUACUGAAGAUGAUAUGACAUUUGAUACUACCAUUGCAGAUGAAGACAGUGAUGGUGAUAUAGUUAACAUAGUUGAUCUGGACCGUGUCAAGCUAAAUGAUGAUUCUCAAGUAUCAUCGCGACAUUCACUACUUUCAAUUCUUAACGGGAAUUUAAGACCCAAACCGUCAAAACCAGAGCCUCCCGUCAUCAUUGAGAAGGCAGGACUGAUACAGAAGCGUGUCUCAGUUAUGGAUAUCCUAGGGCCCCAAUCCAAGUCACCACAGCGGAUGUCUGACGCCGAAUAUAUUGAAUCCAAGAUGUAUACCACGUCCAUUAGAAGAACAACGGCUAAAGAUUUACUUAGUGGUCGUUUCAAAAAGUCCGUAGAAGAAAUAAUUAAUGUGGAUGAUGACGUUCUUGCUCCUGAUCAAGAUUUAGGGCUAGACUUAGAUAGCUCUAAUGAGAUCUUGGAGAGCAAGAUCUAUAAGAACACAGCAAGAUCCAGUGCUAAGGAUAUUUUGAAAAGACAAUCAACCAAGCAAUACCAAGACUCUAAGUCGUUUAUGGUUUGUAUAAAGCUUCCCAUUCGGUCUAAGAUGGUGACGUUACAUAUCAACAAAGACAAGCUUCAAGCACUCAAGAAGGAGUCUAGAAAGAAAACUGAUGCCUUUUUCCAAUCUAUGAUGAAGGCAUCCAAGAAUAGUGUAGUGAAGACAGCAAGGAAUAAGAGUUUGCAAGCAUCAUCACUUCCUAUUAUUACUCGAGAUCAAUUCCAUGUGAAACCCGAAGAGGACGACAACGAAGAAGCCGAAGAAAGGGACUCUAUUCAUGACAUUGACCUUUUGAGACGGAUCCCGAAACGUCAUUCAUGUCUUUCAUUUGAGCGAAUAGUGGAACAAUUGAGAGAUGCCAUAGAAGAUCCUGCUAAACUCUUUGAUUCAGAGGAGACAAGUAUGGUGAAACCAGCCUAUACCAUGAAAAAGAUCAAAAAAGACCAUAACAGUAUUUUAGCAUUAAUUGAAUCAAAGAUUCCCCAGUUCCAAAAGAAGCCACAGCUAAGAGCUAUUUAUGAUAAAUUCAUAGCUCAUGGUAGAAGACGACCCCAAAAUGGUGAGCUAUGGAUAAAUUUGUUUAGACCACAACAGAGUCUGGAAGUAUUAGUAUCUGAUUCUUGUCGAAAGAAAGUCAACUUGUGGCUAUUAAACUCCUUCUCAAAGCUAAGACUGCAAGCUCUCAAGCAACCACGGAAUGUUUUGAUCAAAGAGAAGAAAAGACGUCAAAGACUUCAGCAACAAAAUGAGUUUGAUAGCUUUAUAGUAGAUGAUUCAGAUAUCAGCUACACUGAUCAUAAUGGGGGAAAUGGAUCAGAUACAGAAGAAGAGAUAUUUGUGCCGAUAUUGGUUCUCAAAGGGGCCACUGGUAGCUGCAAGUCAUCUUCUAUUUACGCAUCUAUGGAAGAACAAGGAGGAUAUGUUUUUGAAGUCAAUUCAGGUCAACCCAGAAGUCGACGGGACAUCUGGAAUAUUUUAAAAGAAUUUGCAACAACUCAGAUUGUACAGAAACAGAAUAUGUUUAAACUAGAAAAUAUUAUUGUUCCUACAGCAGCUCCUGAAUCAGAAUCAGGGUUUCAAAAAGGGAUCAUUUUGUUUGAGGAUGUUAAUAUUUUAUUUGAACAAGAUAAGACUUUUUGGCAGUUAAUUCAAGAGUUGUUGAACAUUAGUAGGAGACCCAUUGUUUUAACUUGUAAUAGUUGUGAGAAUAUUCCAAAAUCGAUACUUGACCACAUAGAAGACGAUUCCGUAUUAACUUUAGAUCAAGACGAAAGCAGCAAGCAACUAAUUAGAGAAUUUAUUUGGCUCUGUUGUCUUAGUCAAGGCUUUAAUGUGCAAGAGGAAUUUUUACAGGAUAUCUUGAAGAGGGCCAGUGAAAACGAAGACCAACAUGUUGAUCUUAGAAGUUGUUUAAUGGAAUGCCAGUUUAUCUGCCAACAUUACGAAACCCUUGAUGAACAUGAGUUUUUGGAGAUUGAUAAGCUCUCUCAAGGCGGUGGUGGUUUCAGAGUGAGCGGAGUGGUGGAAGACCAAUCUCUUGGUGGAUUGGCUAAGAGUUUGGACAUGCUAUCCCAUGGAGAUGUUAUAUUUUCCAAUUCACAUUCUCUUGUUAACCAUGAUAGAAUAGAGAAUGAGUUUUUGGAUUUACCAGUUUUGAAUAGUGCUAACUGGCUCAAACAAACUACUUCCAUUCAUGAACUAAACAUCGGAGAAUAUAUGAUGGAGAAUACUCUUGAUUUUGGUCCAACGAAAGCAACGAAGCAAGCGAACAUCCAAGCCAAGUUUCUGGGAAAUUACUUACGCCAAGUUCUUACCGACUUUCUUUCUUCUAGAAGCAAAAGAAAAUAUAGAAUCACCAGAAGUGCAACUCCAAUGGAUUCAGUUUCUUCAGAGAGUGUAACAUCUUCACUCCUACUACUGGAGCGAGAUCGAGAUCCAGAAUUAGAAUGUUUCAUCUAUAAGAGUGUACUCGACACUUUGACAUUAGAAUUAUUACCCUAUGGCAGAAGAUGGUUCUACUUCCAGAAGAAGUUAAACGAAAUUGAUACCGACAACUCUAUUAAGGCAUAUUUGGGCUACAGGUUAUUCCAUUACGAAUCAACAGACUUGAUGAAUACAUUUAGGUUUUCAUGGAGCAUGAGUAUAUAA